CAUUUGGCGGGAUCUCCGAAAGCUGCCGUAGAGUUGUGCGGCCAGACACUCUUUGUCUGAGGAGAGCUAACGCUCCCUGGGGGGCGUAGUUGUGACCUAAAACUCGCCUGGGUUGUGUGCAGGAGGCCGGAACAAGGAAGUAGAGAAGUUAGCAGCAAGGAGGGGCGUCUGGAAUCCGUCCGGGGUCGGUCGCGGACCAGACCAGCGGACAGAAGUCGGAGCGUGCAGCCCGCCCGAGUGAGAAGCGCUGUGGACCGAGUAUUGAAUGCUGAGUAAUGGCUAUGCAAAUGCAGCUUGAAGCAAAUGCAGAUACUUCAGUGGAAGAAGAAAGCUUUGGCCCACAACCGAUUUCACGGUUAGAGCAAUGUGGUAUAAAUGCCAAUGAUGUGAAGAAAUUGGAAGAGGCUGGAUUCCAUACUGUGGAGGCUGUUGCCUAUGCACCAAAGAAGGAAUUGAUAAAUAUUAAGGGGAUUAGUGAAGCCAAAGCUGACAAAAUUCUGACUGAGGCAGCUAAAUUAGUUCCAAUGGGUUUCACUACUGCAACUGAGUUCCACCAAAGGCGGUCAGAGAUCAUACAGAUUACUACUGGCUCAAAAGAACUUGACAAACUACUUCAAGGAGGAAUUGAAACUGGAUCCAUCACAGAGAUGUUUGGAGAAUUCCGAACUGGGAAGACUCAAAUCUGUCAUACGUUGGCUGUAACAUGCCAGCUUCCCAUUGACCGAGGUGGAGGAGAAGGAAAGGCCAUGUACAUUGACACUGAGGGUACCUUCAGGCCAGAACGGCUGCUAGCAGUGGCUGAGAGAUAUGGCCUCUCUGGCAGUGAUGUCCUGGAUAAUGUAGCAUAUGCUCGAGGGUUCAACACAGACCACCAGACCCAGCUCCUUUAUCAAGCAUCAGCCAUGAUGGUGGAAUCUAGGUAUGCGCUGCUCAUUGUAGACAGUGCCACUGCCCUGUACAGAACGGACUAUUCAGGUCGAGGGGAGCUUUCAGCCAGGCAGAUGCACUUGGCCAGGUUUCUGCGAAUGCUUCUGCGACUUGCUGAUGAGUUUGGUGUGGCAGUGGUAAUCACCAACCAGGUGGUAGCCCAAGUGGAUGGAGCAGCCAUGUUUGCCGCAGAUCCUAAAAAACCUAUUGGAGGAAAUAUCAUUGCUCACGCUUCAACAACCAGACUGUAUCUGAGGAAAGGAAGAGGGGAAACCAGAAUCUGCAAAAUCUACGACUCUCCCUGUCUUCCUGAAGCUGAAGCUAUGUUUGCCAUCAAUGCAGAUGGAGUGGGAGAUGCCAAAGACUGAAACAUUGAGGUUUUUCCUGUGAUAAACCUCAAGUGCUACAGCCUGAUGGAGAGGACUGCUCCCUGGGGUUCUUCAUAGGCUUCUUCCUGUUCUGACUGCCAGAAAAGGGCUUCUGGAAAAACAGCUAUUGUAUCAGCUUUUCUGAUGGUGUAAACAGGAGACAAGGUCAGUAGUCACAAACUGAUCUGAAAUGUUUAUUCCGUCUGGAGUGUAUUAAUUUCUUUGUGAAUUAUUUCAAGGGCAGUAAAAGAAUACCUUUGACAUAG